AUGGCAGCUGGCGCCCCUGGCAGUCCUAUCAGGCCCGAUCAGAGGCGCAUGGGCCUCGUUGAUGGUGAGUCCAGCUCUCGCUCGCCUUUUCGAUGAGGUGGCCCAGAGGUCCUUGGUAUCAGUACGGGACGACCUCUAGAAGCGGGACAUGAGGCACGCAAGCAACGGUCGUCAGAUUGCCAGUUGCACGCUAGUCUCCACGUUGCGCAUCACCCUGAGGCGUGCGCGGAAAGGCCCAAAGCAUACUGACGCCCCUGUACGACUUGGACUAUUCGUUGCAUCUUCCCCAGGCAUUGCUCUCACUGUCGGCUUGCAAAUCGGGUCGGGCAUCUUUAGUUCUCCUGGCGUAAUCACGCUCAACACUGGCAGCAUAGGGGCAAGUUUGGUAGUGUGGCUUGUCAGUGGCGUGCUAGCAUGGACCGGAGCCUCGUCAUUCGCCGAGCUAGGGGCAGCCAUUCCCCUCAAUGGCGGCGCGCAGGCCUAUCUGAACUAUUCCUUCGGACCUCUUUCGGCAUAUCUAUUCGCCUGGACUUCCAUCGUUGCUCUCAAAUCCGGGUCAGGAGCCAUCAUAGCUACGAUCUUUGGCGAGUACGUGGCUCGCGUACUCUUCCACACGACGUCGUCUGCUGCUGGCGAUCCACACGAGCAAGGCUUGGAUGGUAUCCCUGGUUGGAGCAUCAAACUUUCUGCUUGCAUCGUUGUGGUGCUUAUCAGUGGCCUGCAGGCUCUGAGCAGCAAGUUGGGAACGCGUGCGCAGGUAGCAACGACCGCCGUCAAGCUGGCCGCUCUGGUGGCUGUGCCCAUUUUGGCCAUAGUACAAGCGAGCCGAGGUAGGACACCGGAGCCUUCAAGACAAGCUAUGAGGAGCUUCUCUGCGCUCUUCGAAGGCAGCUCCACUAGUCCUAGCAACUACGCGCUUGCCCUGUACUCUGGGCUAUGGGCUUUUGACGGAUGGGAUCAAAGCACUAUCAUCGCGGGAGAGAUCAAAGUGAGCACGAAUCAGUCACACGCGAGAAGGUAUCCCUGGAAAUGACGCUCAACUGACGUCGCAUGCACCCUCAGAAUGUCACCCGGAACCUGCCACGCGCCAUUCACUCCAGUUUGGGUAUAGUGCUGGCCAUCUUCAUGAGUGAGUGUCGUUGCGCGUGGUGUGCCUCGGGCGUUUUCAACAAACUCACUUACUUCUGCGCUCCACCGCAGCCACGGUCUUAUCCUACUUCCUUGUGCUUCCUCCGGUUCUUGUGAAGCAAACAAACACUGUAGCACUAGACUUUGGCUCAGCCAUCUUUGGAACAGCAGGCGGAGUGGUUUUUGCGUGCUUGGUUGCUUUUUCCUGUCUUGGCGCGCUCAAUGGACAAUUCUACACAUCUGGUCGAUUCGUCUUCACUGCUGGAAAGGAAGGUUACUUGCCAAAGGUUUUUGGAAGGAUCAACACGAGGACCAGGACGCCGAUCUGGGCCAUUGUGCUCCAAGCCGGCCUCGUCCUCCUCUUCAUCCUGUUUGGUAGCGGAUUUGCAUCGCUCGUCAAUUUCUACGGGUAGGUUCACCAGUCAUCCCCAGCACGCUUCACCUUGACCCGCUUGCUGAAGCGCGACACACUCGCAGUGUAUGCUCGUGGUCUGGCUACUUCUUCACUGUGCUGGGUCUUCUUGUGCUGAGGAUCAAGGAGCCAAAUUUAGAGAGACCUUAUCGAGUAAGUCCUUGCGGAGCGGGUUUGCCUGUUGUCGGCCCUCUUGUCUCAAUCGCGUCGCUUUCUUCCUCGCAUUCUCAAGACGUGGCUCGUCACGCCAAUCGUUUUCUCUGCAGUUGCCCUUUUCUUGCUCAUCAUGCCCAUCUUCUCUUCCCCGCUGGAAGGUGAGAACGCUUGGCCAAGACCAGCUCUCUCUGGCCGCGGCUGACGCGCAUCCCUUCUUUCUGCAGCUAUCGCCGCUUUUGGGUUCAUCCUGGCAGGUGUGCCUAUGUACUACCUCACGCAAAAACGAGUGCUGUCAGGCCUCUUCUCCAGGCAGGCGGAGAGGGAUACUAGCGCAUCACUGGCUUCUGCUCAGCAAGACCGCUCUUCCGUCGACGAGUAUCGAGCGUCCAAGGAAGACAGGACAUCAGCAGACGACGACGAUGAAGAAGCCAUGGAGAUGCUUCCACGCAACUCGCGCCAUGAUCCGGAGCGGUGA